CGAAACUCAGACUUUCUCUCUCUGUCUCUCAGUGUGUUCGUGCAGGAAAAUGGCUGAGGCCAGUAUUUCAGUAGAUCAGUUUUCAGUGGAUCAGUUCAUCUGUCCAGUGUGUCUGGAUCUCCUGAAGGAUCCGGUGACUAUCUCCUGUGGUCACAGUUUCUGUAAGGUGUGUAUUAAUAGUCACUGGGAUCAGGAGGAUCAGAAGGGCAUCUACAGCUGUCCUCAGUGCAGAGACACUUUCACUCCAAGGCCUGUUCUACGCAGAAACAACAUGCUGGCUGAAGUGGUGGAGAAACUGAAGAAGAAGACUGAAGUCCAAGCUGCUUCUCCUGCUCACUGUUAUGCUGGACCUGGAGAUGUGGAGUGUGAUUUCUGCACCCGAAGAGAAAACAAAGCCAUCAAGUCCUGUCUGAUGUGUCUGGCUUCUUACUGUGAAACUCAUCUAAAACCUCACCUGGAAGUUCCUGCUUUGAAAAAACACACAUUAACUAAAGCUUCAGCAAAACUCCAAGAGAAGCUCUGCUCUGAACAUAACGAAGUCCUGAAGAUCUACUGCCGUACUGAUCAAACCUGUAUCUGUUAUUUGUGUACGAUGGAUAAUCACAAAGGACACGACACCGUCACAGCCGCAGUAGAAAGAGCUGAGAAACAGAGUAAGUUAAAGGAGAAGCAGAUGAAAUCCCAGCAGAGAAUCCAGGAGAAGCAGAAGAAGGUGCAGGAGCUGAAACAGGCUGUGAACACUAUAAAGCUGAGUGCACGGACAGCAGUGGAGGACAGUGAGAUGAUCUUUACUGAGCUGAUCAGCUCCAUGGAGAAAAAGCGUUCGGAGGUGACGGAGCUGAUCAGAGCUCAGGAGAAGACUGAACUGAGUCGAGCUGAACGACUCCUGGAGCAACUGGAGCAGGAGAUUGCUGAUCUUCAGAGGAGACUCACUGAGCUGGAGCAGCUUUCACACACACACGAUCACAUCCAGUUCCUUCAGGCUUUAGCUUCUGGACAUUGGACUCCUCCAAUAGAGAGACCAAAAUUUCAGGCACCCAGUGUCCAUCAACAUGUCUCAUUUGAUGGAGUGAGGAAUUCUCUCUUAGAUCUGAAGAAGAGACUCGAGGAAUUCUGUGAGGAGGAAUUCAACAAAAUCCCUCCACAUGCUGCAGCAGUUCAGAUCUUUCCACCACCAGAGCCACAGAGCAGAGAAGAGUUUCUGAAAUAUUUCUGUUAUCUGACUCUGGAUCCCAACACGACACAUCGUAACCUCAUUCUGUCUGAGAAGAACAGAGCGGUGAGAUACAGUGUAAGAGAGCAGCAGUACCCUGAUCAUCCAGAGAGAUUUGACUCCUGGUCUCAGGUGUUGUGUAAGGAGAGUGUGUGUGGACGCUGUUACUGGGAGGUGGAGUGGAGCGGUGAUGUGUCCAUAUCAGUCUCAUAUAAAGACAUCAGCAGAAAAGGACGGGGUCAUGAGUGUGGGUUUGAACACAACAAUCAGUCCUGGAGUCUGUGGGGUCGUUUUUCUUCUCUCUCUUUCUAUCACAACAACAUUCAGACUGAUCUCAGAGCUUCAUCAUCCUCCAGAAUAGGAGUGUAUGUGGAUCACAGUGCAGGAACUCUGUCCUUCUACAGCGUCUCUGACACAAUGAAGCUCCUCCACAGAGUCCACACCACAUUCACUCAGCCUCUGUAUGCUGGGUUUGGGUUUAGGUUCUACAUGUUGUUUGACUCUACUGUGAGAUUGUGUGAUCCAGAAUAAAGUGUGUAGUGUUUUGUGUAAAAUUCCUGCACAUUGUCACAUUGUUGCUCAGUCAUCUGUCUCACUAACACACAAUUCAGCUGGACAAACAGCUCAGUAAUUUACGCCAGUGACAAUUAAAGAGUAAAUAUUAACACUAAAUAUAGUUUAAUAUGAGAUUCGGCACAUCAGACGUCACUUUAGAAUAACUUUAUAUUUACAUUAUUGAAAGUAGAUGUUUAAAACUGACCACACACACACAGCUGAAAAUAUUAUGGCAAAGAAUUAUUUAUUUUUUUUAAAUCAGUUAAAAAAUCAGUGUGAAAAAAUAUCAGAAGUAAAUUUUUGUAAUGCAGUUAAUUUUAAAUCUUCUAAAUAAAUAUCUUUAUACCGUAUGUAUGUAACACCUGUGUAACAUUCCCAGCUGAACAUAAGCACUUUUUUUUUCAAUCGAAUAUGGUUUGCAUAUAAUGGGCAAAUUUAUAUACUUGAUGUUAACCUAAUUAAAUCUUAACAUCUUAAUUUU